UCAAUAUAGACAGGCGUGCCAGGGCGUUUCGAGUUAGUACGGUGCCUGACGGUGUCUGGAAAGGGUCUCCUCUGUCAGUAUGUGGAUUAGUACACGAGGUCUGACCUUCUCAUAGUGAGUAACGUCACACAGAGCAAGAGCCUAUGCAAUAUAAAGAUGGAAUCGGUAGUGGACCCAUUGGAGGACGGCCCGGGUUUGAAAAAGGCACUCGAAUGGGAGCUAUCGCUGGAGACGAGGGAUUUGCGGUCGCACGCUUGGUAUCACGGUGCGAUACCGAGGUUGAGGGCAGAGGAGAUCCUCCGGCACAACGGAGAGUUCCUCGUCAGAGACUGCACCUCACAGCCAGGAAACUACGUACUCACCUGCCGCAGUGGUUCCGUCCCACUCCAUUUCGUAAUCAACAAGGUCGUAAUUCAGCCGGAUACUGUUUAUGAGAGAGUGCAGUAUCAGUUUGAGGACGAGCCUUUCGAUACGGUGUCGGAUUUGAUCACUUACUACGUUGGGAGUGGCAAGCCGAUAACCACCGCGAGCAGGGCUAGGAUCCAGCAUCCCUGCAACCGGUUGUACCCUCUAACUUUUUAUGCGGCCAAAUACGGCCUUCAGUCACAGGCGACGUCUCCGCACUCCAGGUCAUCGCCGGUUCCUUCUCCGACGCGCGGCCGUUGGGACAUCCCUCCGAGAGUUCCGAACAAGAAAACCACGAGAAGCCUUUCCCUGGCACCGGAAAACGGGAGGAACGUCCUCUCUAUGGCGAAGGUCGAGAGUAACAGCGCCGACGGUGUGAUCCAGGACCAGAUGACCCGGUCCGUCGGCUGCGAGAUGGUCGUAUCCAAAUUCUCGACCCACUCGCUCCCACGCGGAUCAUGCAAUAUCAAGAAGAACACUCUGCCGAGGAAACUGACGAGGGUGACUAGCGACCCGACACUGAGCCCCACUUCGGAGCGGCGGCCUCUGCCGGAACUUCCGCCCCCCAAGCCGACCAACAGGCCCAGUUUGGCGGAACUGGACGUCACGGACUGCCCAAAUUACACGAUGACCUGCCAAGGCUUUCCUCGGGUCAUUUCUUACCACGCGUCCGGCAGCGAUUCGGGCAAUGGUUCGGGCGACUCGGUCCAGAGCUCGGCCGCAGGCGACAUCUCCGAUUCUGCAGUGCAGUGCACGGUGCUCACCAUGCGCCCAGGAGGGGUGAUCGUGAAAAACCCGAGGUAUCAGUCUUCCCUGACGUCCAGUUUUUCUUCCACGACUCUCAAAGCCUGCGAUUACGAUUCGGGCCUCGAAGAUUCCAUUCCGCCAACGAUCGACUUCGAGAUCCCGUCUUGUUUCGUCUUGGACAAUUUCCAUUCUCUUCUCCUCCCAGUGAUGGAGAACAAACCGCUGGAUGCGACCGCCCUGAAAGCCGUCAGGGUCCUUCUUCAAGACAACGGCUCAAGGAUCAUCGCCAACCAUCUGACCAAAGUGGACCUCGAAUUAAUCAUAAACAAAAACAACAUAUGGGGGGACCUAAUAGGGUUUUCAUCCGGGUUAGAAUUGUGUUCCCUCCCAUUCGGUCGACAGAUGAGGAAAGAUUUAAUCGAAAGAACGAUGUGUUUGAAACUGCUCGUCGCAGUAACGAUACUCACCUGCAACGCAGACUCUGAGCGUGCCGAAACCCUGAACAAGUGGAUCGAAGUGGCCAUUGACACAAAAACUGCUUUGGGAAAUCUCUUCGGUUUCAACGCAAUCAUGAUGGGAUUGUGCAUGCCGCAAAUUCAAGAUCUAGCCGUGACUUGGCAUAUUCUAAGACAGAAGUACACCGAUGCAGCCUUUAAUUUUGAGGCAAAACUCCGGCCUACGUUGAAAAGUAUGAACGAAUGCACAAACCCUCAAGCUCCUAAUACGACCAUCCCCCAUCUUCUUCCAUUCAUCUCUCUCAUGGAAAGAUCUAUUGAAGAUACAAUCCAUAGCAAAACAUCUACUGUCGUGGAGCAUGUGUGCAUAGCGCAAUGGGAAUCUUCGUCUCCUGACCUAGGGCUUAAGACACUCGCCCUCCAUAUGGAAGAAGGUAGGAAGAUGGUCAGGUCGCUCCCUUCCUUCAGGCGCAAUUCUGAAAUCUUCCUCAGCGAUUCGAGGGUCGUAGAACUUCUCGUCGACAUGUUCAGAACCGAAUUCCAGCUCAAGUUCCUCUGGGGAAGCCGUGGGUCCACAGUCGAACCUCAGGAACGUUACGCAAAGUUUGACCAAAUUUUGACUGCCAUGUGCGACAUGUAUGAGCCGAGGGCUAAAUCGCCACCACCGCCCGCACCGCUCAGUCCAACAUCGUACAACCCAGCUAUCGGCACUAGUGUCUGAUCUAGUGACUUCAAAUUUCAAAAAUUCAGCUAAUGUGCUAUACAAACAGCGUUGAAAAGCUACCUCAAAUUUGAGACAAAAAUAUUGAAUUUGAAAUUUACAAGGCCAAUUAUUUAUUAUUUCUUUCUUCACAUAUACUAUGUAAAUACACUCCUUUCUUUGAUUUUUAAUAAUUAAAGAUUAAAUUUAUUAUUUUAUUUUCUAAACGUUUUUUGCUUUUAAAAGUGAAAAAUAAAGCUGUGAUAAAUUAUUUUUAAAUUGAAAGCAUUAUUAAAUUUGUUUCCAUAUGAAUUGUCUAGUACUAUGCCAGUUUUUACGAUACAAUUGUAAUUAUAUAAUAUAUUUACAGUCUGCUUUGGAAUAUUUCAUUUUUUAAAAUUCAAAUACACCCGCAUAUAUUAGAAAUGAUAAACUGAAACAAUUAUUAUGAACAUUUUCAAUAAAAAAAUUAAUUGAUAGAUUUGUUACUAGUCAACAACCUAAUUACAAGAGAGAGGUUAAAAUGUAAACAAAAUUGAAUAUUUGAAGGCAGUCUGUUGUAAUUAAUGUUGAGACAUUUUUUUAAUAAGAAGAGUUGAGGGUUGCAUUAACAUGGUACCUUGGUUGAGAUUAAUUAAAUUUUUGUAUAAAAGUAGUGAGUAUUGUUGCAUAGACGGAGUAUUACAAUGGAAGUGUUUAUAUUCAAAACAUUUAAAUAAAACUAUAUGAUAAUAUUUUUAGAAUUUAUAUUGUGGUUGUGUUAAAAGAUUUCUUUUUUAAAAUUUAUUGAUUACCCUGGAAAGAUGUGCGAUAAGCAUUGAUUUUAUUGGUAAGAUAAAUUUUUGUACUGGAUUUGGUAUCUCAUUUUAAAAUUUUGAACAAAAGACGAAUUUUAAAAGCAUAAGCAUCUCAUCGUAAAUACAAUGUUUACAUUAUGAGUCUAUGAAUUAUAAUAUAAAGUAUGUUCCUGUUUACAUUCUUAGAAUAGAAUAUUUAUUAAAAUUAAAUUCUUUUAAGAAAAAUAAAACAUCUCAAAAUUAAUGUCGUUAUUAAUAAGAUGUUUACAUGAUAUAAUCUGAAAGCCUAUAACAUACAGAAUUGAAUUCGGGUUUUAAACUAAUUUUCUAUAAGCUUUUGUAUAAAGUGUGACAUGUACAAGGGAAUUAGGGAUGGCUGUUUACAAUAUAAUAAUUCAUUUAAAUUUUGUUUACACAACCCCCCCCCCAAAAAAAAAAGUUUCGGGAAAGUGUAAAGUGGGAUGUUUGUGAUUUGUGAUAUUUAUGUAAAAUGAAUCAAUUAAGUGAAACAAAAUAAAAUAAAAAGAGACUGCAUUGUGCAAUAUGUAAUAUCUGUAUGAGAGACCUGGUAAAUUGGAGGUAAAGAACCUUGUUGUUAUGAUUUUGUAAAUAUUUUAUUUAAUUUGUUGGAUCGUUUUUGAAGUGAUUUUUAAUUUGUCUUGUGUGAGAUGAGUUUUGUGUAUAUAUCGGGUAGAAUUUAAUAAACAAAUGGCAGUAGAAUUUAGGAUUCAAAUCAUUAGAUUCAAAAAUUUGAGAAAAAUAAUUUGUAUGCAUUUGUACUGUUUCUAUUAAAAAAAAAAGAAGUUUUGAGUGCAGUUGUUUUUCAUAGUCGAAUAAUCAAGGAAUUAUUCCUAAGUGUGUCUGUUUUGACUGAGAAUAUUUUUUGGGUGUUUUGUUUACUUAGUCCAUUUCAUCUAAUAUUCGCUGUAAUAAAAAUGUAUAUGUGAGACAAUUCAAUGCUUAAAAAUGAAUUACAAGAUGAAAUUACAAACACCUUGACCAUCGUAACUAUUUUUUACUAAAAUUUCGGAUCAAAAAGCACACUGCCAGGUUCUUUUGUACGCCUAAAAUAAAAGCUGUCUAUGAUACUGGUGAUCACAGAUGUGCUACAAUUCAUAGCAGACAAUAGGAUAAUAAUUAAAACAUGAAAAUUCAUAAUUUUUGUACUCAAAAAUUAGAAGAAUAAUAAUCUCUAUUUUAACUUAUCAAAUUAAAUGUAAUCCAUUUAUAUACAAGUUUUAGUGUAAUUUAUGUGCAUAAGCAAUAUUGUAAGUAAAUAAUUUAAAACAUGGUUUUAAACACAAAUUUAUAUUUUUGUUUUGAGUAAAAUGUUUUCCACGUGGCUUUACUCAAUUUUUGUUUUUAACUGUGUAUCUCAAUACCUUUUCUUUUGACUUGCUCAAAGCCUGAAAAAAAAAAAAAAAUGAAACCCCGAUUUUUCGUUACAUUUCUACUGUUUCAAUAUAGUGUAUAUACUUUGUAAAGUAGCGAUUAUAAUUUAAAAGAAAAAACAAAUUAUAAGAUAUAUAAAAUUAAAAUGUUACAAAAUAGUAAUGAAUUAUUUAUCUGGAUGUAUAGUUUAUAGAAUUAGAGGAUGUUUAAUACUGUGUUAACUUUAUCUUUUUUCUGUGCUUGGAUUGGAAUUCAACUAUUUGUAUUAUUUAUUGAAUUGAGGUGUGUUAUGUUGCUUUAGGUGGGACCAAUUUUAAAAGUAUGCUUAAAAAGUGAAACAUUUCGUCUUGAAUUUUGACGAUUCAUCGCAAUAAAACAAAUAAAAACCGAGGUCCAUAGCACUGAAAAUGUCGAUUCGUUUUGCAUGAAAUCAAUAACAAAUUGUUCGCCUGUUCAAUUUCAAUUCGAGCACAUAUUUGAACUAGUCUAACUUAUUGGAAUAACCUCCCCCCACAUAUCAAAACUUACUUAUUAUAUGUAUAUGUAAGACUAUAUGGGUGGCUUGGUGCUAAACAUACAUGAACUGUAAUGCAUUUAUUAUAAAAUUAUAACCUUA